UCAAUCUCGGUGCGCAGGGGGGGGCAUGGUGACGGCCGCCGACAGCGUGACGGUGAAGGAUUCGGUAAGCUCGCCCAGCAACACGUGGUAGCCAUCGACCUGACAGACGUGGAGUGUCCGUUCGCAAAGCGAAACACACCAACCCAUCGUCUGCCUGCAUAUUAUCCAUAUGACUUACGGCGAGAGAGGCAAGGUAGUCGUCGAAAACUUGUUGAUUCUCGACCGAGCCACCCUCCUUGUGGUGUCUGUCGCCGCCCAGCCGCAGGCGCUCGAGGAAGGGCGCCAGGAUGCGCUGCAGGAAGGUCAUCCACUCGUCGGGCUUCAGCAGCAAAGUGCCCGGCUGCGGCAGGCCGGUCAUCACGGAUGGCGUGAUCUCGUGGCCGCCUUUGAGCGCCUCCUGAAAUAGCGUGAAGAGCCCCUUGUCGAAGCGAUCGGCCAAGCGCUCGAUGGCGGGGAUACGCAGCUGGGCGUCCUUGAUGAUCGCCGCCGCCACUUGUCUCAGGUACUUGGCGCGAGACGCCUCGUCGACGGGGCCCGAAUUGUCGAAGUAACGGCGGAACUCACGCAGCACUGCAUACGCAACGCCAUGCAACAGACACACAGACAGACAGACAGCAAGGGAAGAUACAUGUCUCUGCUGCUGCUGCUGCUUGUGCAGAGGUGUGUGGGGUUGCAUUACUCUUGCCGCCCUCAUGUGAGAUGAAGUUGAUGGAUGCGAUUUCGUAGAAUCCGCCCUUGAAGAGCUUGCUGACGGGCUGGAAGGCAUUGACGAGCUCCUUGACGAACAUGUCCAGGAUCUCCAUCGUCUUGCUCAAAGGACUCUUGAAGAAAUCGGCCAAGGCAUCCGCUGCGCCGCCACCAGUCGGCUUUGUCAGCUCACCCUGCAUGCAAUGCAUAACACACGGAAAGGAACACACAUGAACUCCGCCCCUCCCUCCCUCCCUCCCCCAUCAGGCCACUCCACGACCACCGGUACGGACCAGAAGAUAGGAUGCGAUGCCGUCAAGGUCCAUGAGUGCGUCAAGGGGCUGGAGGGGGGGCACCUUCACGGGCGGUGGUGGCAGGAAGGGAACCUUGGGGAACAUCUCGGCGUACGUCCUGGCCUCGUAGAACAGCUGCACUCACACACAACAAACACGAAAGUGGACCUCCAUUGCUUGCCUGAGGGAGUGCUGUGGCUGGCUGUGAGCUGUCUGUGCCACGUCACCUCCGUGGCCAAGCGGGUCAUGAAGUCAUACACAUCGGUUGUCACUUCUGCAUGCAAGAAUCAAGCAGGAAAAGAUGGGUAGGGAUUGGUUCGUGCGGCCACACACACACACACUCUCUCUCUCUCUCUCAUUCACUCUUCGAGUAUCCGGCCGCUGGCUGGAGCAGCCUGAAGCCCUCGACAACAUUGACGCUCAUCAUGCUCUCGAAGACGUGCUUCUCCGCCCCGCAGUCGCCCUUUUCGCAUGAGUAGCCGCCCGCCGCGAGAAUCUUGUGAAACGUGGCGGCGCGCUGCUGCAUCAUGUGGACGAAAGGCGCCAGGACCUCCUUGAGGAAGGUGUCCAGCUCCAGGUCGGUGUACUCGACUAUCUUCCCGGUUUGGUCGCUCAUGAAGAUGUCGGCCAGGGGGUCCAGCAGGUCGUAUCCAAUGGAGAUCGGCUGGAUGGCGGCGCCGAUCAGCGUAGGUUCGGGCUCAAUCCCCAGGUUCGUAAUGUACACCUCACCGGCGGCUCGGUUUUUGCCUGGAGGCUUGCUGGGGUCGUACAUGAGGCGACGUCUGGCCUUUGGCCCGAAUGUCUGGCUGAAAAAGAGGUCGCAGAGGGACUUUUCGAAGAAUUUGUCCAGGAAGCGGUCGCACGCGGGGAUGCGGGCCGUGACGCCGGCGAAGAGCUUCGUGGCGAGCUUCUCGAAGUAGCUCAGCAGCUCACUCCGAGGAACCGUAUCCACCCACUCCUUGCCCAUCUUUAGAAACCUCUCGACAUCUGAACAGAGAUGCGGUGCGAACGGUAUGUAUGUAUGUAUGUAUGUAUGUCGAUUUCUGCCUCUCUGCCUGUUCGAUAGGGUUGCGUACACUUGGCAGCCAUGUGGGAGGUGAAGUCGCGAAAAGCGUCCGCAUAGCCUUUGAAUUGGCCGGCGAUGGCGGUCCACACGCCGAGGGCCUGAUUGUACAUGGGCGUCACGAAGUCGUUGAGGAAGGUCUGAAUCGGCUCGAUCAUGACGUCCAGCCCGACAGCGGGCAAAACCUUCCUCAGAUCGUCUUUGCCAAGGGUUUUGCCUGAAUAGAACAUGCCCUGAAUAAAUACAGCCAAGGGAGAAACAAGGGACUCGAACCAUUAUGUGCUCGCAGGUCAUCAUGCUGCAUAUGCAUGCCCUGGUGAUACCGAGAUAAGCUUGAUGAGGUCGUCCAGCACGGGAAGCGGCAGCAAGUCGACGGCCGGCGGUGUGUACAGGUCCCAGCUUUUGGGCCCCAGCCCCUCUAUGUCAACUUUGAUCAGGCUCUGCAGAUCGACAAGGUCGCCGGGAAUGUUGCCUGUCGCCGGGAGUAAGUCCAACGCCUCCUGAGGCACACAAGAAGCCAGACGGGAUGUAUGAGACACCUUUACUCGGGGAAGAGCCAGCCAAGGGAGCAACUGUCGGCGCGCGUGUCUGUCUGCCUGCCUGUCUGUCUGUCUGUCUGUCUGUCAUCCUUUUGGCUACUCACCUUGACUAUCUUGUCGCUGUCGAAUUUGAGUACUUCCUCGAUGCUGCCUGAAUCUGCAUGAGUGUGAGUGUGGUCGUGUGUAUUACCAGCAAGCCGACUGCCUACCUUCGAAGGAGGAGUAGGGCGGCAGGUGGCGGGCCAGCUCGGCAGCACGAGUCGUCACGUAGCCCAACAGAGACCACACGGUAUCCGGUGGGUGGCUGCCCAGACGAAUCGACGCACGUGUCUUGGCCACAACUGCACCAACCAACAAAUGCAGUCACAAUCAAGAUGUUUGCUUGCGCACACAUUCAUGGAUGGUGCAUGUCUCGCGUGUGUAUCGACCGAGCUGCAGAAACUCCAGGAUUUUCGGGUAGACAGUGGGUUCGUACCCCUGGAGAUCGGGAAGCUUCAUGAGGCUUUCCAGCCUGAGUGGCGUCCCCAUGACGAUAGCCUUGCGCAGCAGGUCCUCCAGGCCCUCAGCCAUAGUCUUGGGAACGUCCAUGCCGGCCUCAACUGCCGCGGAGAGCAGACUAUCCAAGUCCCAUCGCAGGGGGAAGUCAUCACUCAGCAACUCUGUGCCAUUCAUGAACAGGCAGAGAAACAAGCAAGUUGGUGCAACCCGCUGUUGCCCGUCCCCAUGUGCACUUGGCGGCUCGUAGUUUCGAAUAGCAACUGGGAAUGCAGUCGCAGUGCUGGCAACCAAACUGAUCGCAUGCUAUGCAUGACAGGCGCCCGCAUAGCGUAUAUCUGCCUUCUUGAUGCCCACCUUUGUAUGAAGGCUGCCAUGUCGGCAGCCGUCGCCCCCGUGUCGAUGAGAGUCGGCUCCAGGAAGGAGGUGGCACCUGACCAUUGCACAAGCACACACAGUCGAACGCAACUCGCCAUGAUGCUUGCUUGCAUGAUGUUGCGUGUCACGUACCGGGGGUCUGGGCCAGGACGGGUGCCGCCAUGAGGCAGCAGAGGGCGCUUAGGAGCACGACGAUUUUCAUUGGGGGGAGGGAAAGAAAGGGGAGGGAACCGAAGACAGAUGCCCACUCGGGGCCGGGGCGGGCCUCUGCACACUGAGCAAUUCUAAAAGCUCCCAGUGCCGAAAAACAUUCAGAAACCAGACACAAAACACAGAGAACAUUGUAUCAUUCAAAACCCACAAAAGCCGGGAGAGAAAAUUGAAAGAACCCAACCAAGAAUCAAGAAGCCCAACCAGCAAGUUACCAAACCAAGAAAACAGAAGGAGAAACCACCACCAGCCACAACACAUAGAAACGCAC